GAUAGGCAACGCUCCCCAUAAAGGUCUCACUAGGAGAAGAUCAAGACACCAUAAUUUUUGUACUUAUAAUCAGGAAACAUAAGUAUCCAGGCUCAUCUAUUCUUACCGGUUUUCCCAAAAUCAGAUGCGAUGAAGCCCGCCGGAGUGUUCGCCGGAAUAUUUCUACUGGUGGCUGUGUACUGCGCCGUUGACCCAUUCAAGCACGGCGCGUUCUCGGAGUUCCCCGGCUUCGAGGUGCACAAGGUGGUCAUGCCGGCGUGGUCGGAACUCCCCCUGGAGAAGGACACCCUGAAUCUGCUCCAGAAGUCGGAAAUCAAGUUCCGGGACGUUCUUCACGGACCCGAGAGCAUCGCCUUCGAUCCCCAAGGGCGGGGUCCCUACACCGGAGUCGCCGAUGGGAGGGUUGUGAUGUGGAACGGCCAGAAGUGGGUCGAUUUCGCUUAUACCUCCCCCAACAGGUCAAGUAUAUGUGACCCAAAACCCAACUCAACGCCUUUGAGCUUUGUGAAGAAUGAGCACAUCUGUGGGAGGCCUUUGGGGUUGCGCUUCGACAAAAGAACAGGCGACCUAUACAUUGCAGACGCAUAUUUUGGGUUGUUGAAGGUUGGGCCUGAAGGCGGACUUGCAACCACAGUCUCAACUCAUGCUGAAGGAGUACCUCUUACCUUUACAAACGACUUGGACGUUGACGAUCAAGGGAACAUCUAUUUCACAGAUAGUAGUACUAAGUACCGUAGGAGGAACUUUUUGCAGCUUGUGUUUUCAGCAGAAGAUUCGGGGAGAGUUCUCAAAUAUAACCAAGCAACAAAAGAAACCACUGUUCUUGUGCGCAAUCUCCAAUUUCCAAAUGGCGUGUCUCUUAGUAAGGACGGGUCCUUCUUUGUCUACUGUGAAGGUUCCAGGGGCAGAUUAAGCAAGUACUGGCUGAAGGGGGAGAAAUCUGGGUCAUCAGAAGCAUUGGCAAAUCUGCCUGGCUUCCCCGACAAUGUAAGAGCUAACGAAAGAGGCGAUUUCUGGGUGGCAAUCCACUCCCGCUGGACUCUAUACAGUUACAUGUUCGGCGAGUACCCAAAGCUGAGGAAAUUCUUGCUGAGGCUUCCCAUUUCCGCAAUGAUUCAUUACCUUAUGCACAUUGGAGGCCGCGUGCGCGCAGUUGCUGUCAAGUAUAGCCCGGAAGGUAAGCUUCUGCAAGUUCUUGAAGACAGACAGGGUAAAGUUGUGAAGGCCAUAAGUGAAGUGGAGGAGAGGGAAGGCAAGCUAUGGAUGGGCAGUGUUUUAGCGUCUGGUCUUGCAGUUUACCAGUUGGAGGAGUGAUUCGGCGUUGGUGUUCUUUUCAAUUCCUCUACUGAAUUUAGUAGUCGUAGUUUCGUUGCCGCGUACUCGGAUAAUGUAUAAGAGGUUACAAGCUCGAACCUCACUACACGCGAUGAUUUUCCCAACACCCCUUCUAUCUUUCUUCUUGGUAAGAAACUUAAAAGAAAAGUUCUCUAAACAUUGAUUAUAGUAUGAGCGAUA